AUGCAUGGGUGUACAAACUGCUCUGCUACUAAAGGGAACCAUGUCAGCAGCAAUGAACUCUACCCAGACUCUGUGGACUGGAGAGAGAAAGGCAACUUCGUGACUCCAGUAAAGAACCAGGGCCCAUGCGGAAGCUGUUGGAAGUUUUCAACCACGGGAUGCUUGGAGUCGGUAGUCGACAUUGCAUCAGGAAAGCUUCCGCUGCUGUCGGAGCAGCAGCUGGUCGACUGCGCGCAGGACUUUAACAAUCACGGCUGUAAAGGCGGACUUCCAAGUCAAGCCUUUGAGUACAUCCAAUACAACAAGGGACUCAUGACUGAGGACAGCUAUCCAUAUACUGGACAGGACGGCACAUGCAAGUUCAAGCCUGAGUUGGCCGCUGCUUUUGUAAAAGAAGUGGUCAACAUAACCAAAUAUGAUGAAAUGAGCAUGGUGGAUGCAGUGGCCAGAUUCAACCCCGUCAGCAUGGCAUAUGAGGUGACCUCUGACUUCAUGCAUUACCAAGACGGCGUUUACACAAGCACUGUCUGCCACAACACUACAGACACAGUAAACCAUGCAGUCCUGGCUGUUGAAUAUGGACAAGAAAGCGGCACCCCGUACUGGAUUGUGAAAAACUCAUGGGGGCCGGACUGGGGAAUGAAGGGGUACUUCUAUAUUGAGAGGGGGAAGAAUAUGUGUGGCCUGGCUGCUUGCUCUUCUUACCCCAUUCCUCUGCUGUAACACUUCAGGAAGGCCAGGCCCAUUGUGAAAGCAAGACGCAUUGAAUCA